AACUGAUAACGUAGAGGCUUGAGUUAAAGGCUGCUUUUUACAAAAUAAUCAAAGCUACAAUCGUUGUAGAACACCUCCUAGCCUGCUGACGUCGGAUUCGCCGCAAAACAAUCGGAAGAGCCUCCCAGGACGCCCAGGACGCGCAGGAAAACCACAUUUUCUCCACAAAAUGAUUGAAACGUUGUACAGUUUACCGUUCUAUUUGUUCGAGGUACCAAACUUGAAGCUCAAACGACCAUCAUGGUUGCACCAGCCCUCGGCGAUGACUGUGUUUUCCUUCGUCUUGCUCUCCUAUUUUCUCGUCACCGGAGGGAUAAUUUAUGAUGUGAUCGUGGAACCGCCGAGCGUCGGUUCAACCACAGACGAGCAUGGACACUCGCGUCCGGUGGCAUUCAUGCCAUACCGGGUCAAUGGGCAGUAUAUCAUGGAGGGGCUCGCCAGUAGUUUCCUCUUCACAAUUGGCGGCCUCGGAUUUAUCAUCAUGGACCAGACACACACGCCUGGCAAACCGAAGUUGAACAAGAUUCUACUGAUCGCCAUGGGCUUCAUCUUUAUUACGGUUUCAUUCUUCACUACGUGGAUCUUUAUGCGAAUGAAGCUGCCAGGAUAUCUACAGCCCUAGAGGGUGCAUUUAUAUUCCACAAGAGUAUCCAAAUAUAUUCUUCGAACCAAUAAAUAUAAUUUCACUACGA